AUGUUGCAGAUUGUGAUAGCGUUGACACUAACGUGCUUGCUGCACCAUAGCGGUGAGGUCACAGCAGUCAGUACCCAUCAUGCAACUCACACGCCGACCCACAGACCUGUACACCAGGUGACCCACCAGCCGACCACGCCGACCACUACCAUGAACCCGAUGGACCUAGAGCUUGGUGGCGCCCGCCAAACACUGGGGGGUCUGGCCCGCCAGCUGAUGAUGCAACAGUUGGGAGUUGAGGAACGUAUCCGAUCUGAUGGAGACUCGGGCAUCAAGCAGACGAUGGUCCGACACAGGGGUUCCCGACCUUACCUCAACGACAUCGUGUCUCCGAGACUCGCAAACUUCUACGAUAUAUUCAAUAACCGAGAGCAGCUAGCUAUCAGUACAAACAUCUUCGUCAUGAACGGUGUGGAGUUCAAGCUACCAAGCCAGCGUUACAAGCUGAGCAUGCCGAGUAAAACUAGUCGUGACUGGCACAAAACAGAACCCAUACCAUAUCCGAAUGUGCCUCCCUCUGUUCUAGCCAAACACAACGUCAGUGAUCAGAUAGCUGAGAUGCGGGAGUAUUUCAGAGCCUUCAAGUAUCAGGAUGCGAAGAUACGCAGCGACUAUGCCGACUACUUCAAACCCGUGUUAUGUUAUCUAGAGGGCACUUGGUUAGAUGGGGCAGCACACGACCAGAGGAGAUGGAUGAGCGAGGCUUUGAACAUUGAGUUUGUAUCCACUGACGGACUAGAAGCCGGACAACCCUUUAACCCCACAAAGAUCAUGAGUGUGGUCAAUGGUACGGCCAUGUACGCCCACUGGAACGCGAGGAUUGCAUGCCACCCAGUCCAGCAGGAACUCAAACUGGCGUCUUUCUAUAUAAAAGAUGACUUGGCCGCCAGAUUAUCAGCCAAAACAAGUUUGUACGAUUUUGCUAAGUCGACGUCAGCCCGAUUUGAUCUGAUAGAGUUUGGCCGUAAACCAAUGAAGUUUUCGGCAGAUGUUGGUCACGGAAUGGCUGAUCGCACCUUCUCGCACUAUUCCAUCUUGGACGCAAUCAUGGAGGAGAUCCCUGGCAAAGAUAACUACCCAGCCAACAUAACAGGUGGGGAGUUUGGAUUGACAGCAUAUAACGCACAUUUCCCUCGCAACAACACAAAACUCAAUGUUGGCCAUUACCACCACUGGUACCGCGUGCUACAGAAGGGUGCAAUGGGUACCAGUGUUAUCAAUCGUGGCUACGCUGACCGAACGUUGUGGGUGGCAUCCAAUACUCGGCCCAAUGUCGCAUCACUGUCUUAUACGUCAUGUCAAAGGGACAAGAUCACACACAAAAACGUGUGUACUCCCGACACAGCCCGAUAUUCUUACGCCAUUCCACUGGAAAUUAUUUGGCUGACACCGCUUCUCACCUGGAACCCGUACAACUUAGCAUACAUCGCCGGGGAUGUACAUACCAGUCCUGCGAACUCUGUCACAACAGGCGGCCGCGAUGGCCACACGCUUGGGAAAGCCUUCAACGGGACAAACAUAGAGCACUUCUAUCAAACUCCAACUGAAUUCUUCAGCAAACGGAGUCAUGUGUACUACGCGAUGGAUAGAGCGGGUCACACUCACUCCGUGGUACCGUCUGGCACGCAGACCAUUCUGAGAGAUAUUCCUUCAGUCGGGACCGUACGUCUUCGGUACCCCAUGGUUCCGACACAUCAGGAGGGCAAUGCUAUCUAUAAAGAACUAGAUGCUCUUAAAGAUCUUGUUAUGAACAUGGCUGUCAACGCGAAGUACUUCCACGAGAAACCCGCCGUUUUACAGAGCACCGUGAACCCUACAGGUCACGAGGAACACUACCAGACGUCUUCAGCCACGGGUCAACAGGGCCUUCACAUGCACGACGUGUUCCUGUCACAGGAUGACGUGGCCAUGCUAACGAAGGGCCAAACCGUGGCGGUAUACACCACUCUCAACCAUGGUCACCAGCACGUUCUGGAGAUUUACGAAGACAUGCACAUGCACGGCUCCCACAUCCGCAGGUUGCGAGUGUCGCUGUGUGACGGAAAGAUCCACUGUUGGGACGGGCACUCCAACAUCCUCCACUACACACGCUAGGACCUUCUUAUCAACAAAUCGUUAUUCGAUUGAAAUGGUUCUACUUGAACAUCUGAAUAAAAAAGUAUUAAGCUUAUUA